AUGUUCUCAGCGCGAACUUCUGCACCCUCCCUGGGAGGAUUGACUGUCAAUACAUCUUCUGCGAACUCCUUGUUUGGAGCAAAUACUGCAUCGACCGCACCUGCGAACACAAACGCCCCAGGCGGAUCAUCGUCUGGCGGUAAUUUGUUUGGCGCUGUAUCCACCACCCAACAGCAGCAACCACAGUCAGGAAGCCUCUUUUCUACCCUAGGUACGCAGAACCAACAGCAACAGAAACCGGCCGGAGGAAACCUAUUUGGAGGACCCGUUCAGCAGACACAGCCGGGUUCUGCAAGCCUCUUUGGAAGCACGCAACCGAAAAGUGGAGGCUCGCUUUUUGGGGCUGCCACCCAGCAGGAACAACCACGAGCACAACCUCAAUCAGGCGGGCUUUUCGGCGCUCCACAGCAAAGGCCCGCUGGGAUCUCCCUCUUUAGUGGGGCUACACCUAUUUCCCAACCUACUACUUCCCAACCACAAUCCAGCGGAUCUCUGUUCGGCGGGCUUAGCCAAUCUACGGCCACCACCUCGACGACGACAGGAGGUUUAUUUGGUGCGGCUCAGCCCCAACAGCAACAGCAACAACAACAGCAGACACAACCAACGCCAUCGCUCUCGCUAUUCGGAAACCGAGUUACGACAACGCAAGGAGAACAAACGCCAGCGGGUUCAACAGUGCGGGGCGUCAAAAUUGACGUUUCGAACCUCGUCCCGACAACUAAAUUCGAAAACUGCACUGAUGAUCUUAAAAAAGAAAUCGAAGCCAUUGACACCUUCAUCCUCAACCAAAUCCGCAUGUGCAACGAAGUUGCUGACGUCCUCCCCGCUAUCUCGUCACAAGGUGCCCUCGUACCUAAUGAUGUCGAGUUCGUCCAGGGAAAACUAGAUACCCUCCAAGAAGCCCUUGAAAACGACGCCAAUGGCAUUGAAAGUGCUCGUGUCCUUGUAACACGGGAUGCAUUGGAGGCUAAGCUCGUCUUCCGUGCUCUCGACAGCCUUCUCCUGCCCCUCCAAUACCAACCUACAACAGCAGACAUUUGGUUUCCACCAGAUCAACAGCCCAAAUCUCUACCAAGCCGCUCUCGACGUCCUGGCCUCCGUUCGCGUCGCCUACUCGCUCUCCCUGAGGAUGCGGAGGAUGACUCCCGUCUCGGCGCCACAGGCAGCCCGACAAAUCUGGUCGAUUACUUCUCCCAGCGCACAAACGAUAUGAACAGUGUCGUUCAGAAAUAUAGAGAGAAUCUGAAAGAGAUUGAAUCUCAUCUUCGUGGCGUUGAGGCGUCACUUGUGCAGAGGAUCCAUGACUUAUCUUCGGGGAGCAAGGAUGGUGGAGCUCCGUCCCUUGUGUCCACGUCCAGAGCGAAUGAGCUUGCUGCAACGCUGGGGGAUGUGGAGACGGCCAUCCUUGGAGUUGCCGGGCGAGUUGGGGGUGUUCUAGAAGAGGUUCAGGAGCUUGUUUUGGGACCCUUGAGUAUGCGUGGUAAUGGGAUAGCAAAUUGAGGGCGAACUGAUAAAAAUGGAAUAAAUUAAUUAU